AUGAUUUCGCUUCUCUUUAUCUUCCUUCUCGGAAGCAUUUCAAAGAAGCCCCUCUCCCGCGUCUCCUCUAUCUUCACCCGCAGCCUGGACACCGACCUGUCUCCAGAUGGCUCUCCUGUCCCUUUAAAGGCACCAAAACCAGUGAGGGUCCAACACUACCCCGGGGAACUCUGGUUCCGUGAACAGCACGUGGAUCACUUUGACUCUACGAAUACCAAGAAGUGGUCGCAAAGGUACUACUACAAUGACACCUACUACAAGGCAGGGGGGCCCGUCUUUCUCAUGAUAGGCGGGGAGGGACCGGCUACUCCAAGAGAUGUCGGAGACUACUUCAGCAUUGACUACUUUGCAAAGAACAUGAACGGCCUCAAGGUUGCACUUGAGCAUCGCUUCUACGGAGCUUCGUUUCCAAGCACGAAUUCAGCUAACCUGAGCCUCCUCCGUUCAGACCAAGCACUGGCCGAUAUAGCUACGUUUCUUGCAUAUUUGAAGCGAGAGUAUAAUCUUCCAGAGGGUACAAAGAUUGUGGCAGUCGGCGGAUCCUAUUCGGGCAAUCUGGCUGCGUGGGCCCGCAUUCAGUUUCCGUUCAUUAUUGACGCUGCAAUCUCUUCCAGCGGCCCAUAUCUGGCACAGACAGACUAUCCAGAAUACCUUCAGCACAUUGAUUCUCAGGUACGGAAGUAUGGAGGGGACCGCUGCAUGGACAUCAUUUCUGCCGCCCACAAGGAUGCGGAAUACCUGCUAAGUCACGACAAGGCGACCUUGGCUACAAUCUUUAAGCUCAAAGAGGAAAGCAUUUACAAUAGCACAGGGUAUGAUAAGGCCAGCUUCAUGUCUGCUAUGGGCGCUCCCUCUGGUGUUGUGCAGUACGCUAAGCACGAUGGGUAUUACAACACCACGAAGGAUGGUGAUAUCAAGCAGAUGUGCAAGGCUAUUGAGGCAUCCUAUGAUAGCUACGACACUGGAGAGAGCUACCAGGACCUUAAAGCAUAUGCUUCAUGGCUACUAGACUACUACGGGGGUUCAAUGGAAGAGAUUGACCUUUCAUUCGAUGGGUAUAUUAAGGCCAUACAGGAUACCAGCAUAGAUUCAGAGUUUGCAGUAGAUCGAUCGUGGCUGUGGCAGACGUGUGUGGAGUUUGGUUAUUAUCAGACGUCGAGCCCUGCUGCGGGCUUUGGCACCAUGAUCACCCUAGACUACUUCCUCGAGAUGUGCUACAAAGCGUACUUUGCCCCGGGCGCUACACCGCCGGGUGCCCCUAGCUUCACACGUUCCCAGAGCGAUGACCUCGUCAACAAGGCUGUCCGGUUCACUAACGUGUACUAUGGUGCCAGAAACAUCAAGAUGUCUAACAUCUACAUUACGAAUGGUCACGUGGACCCGUGGAGCGAGCUCAGUUAUCGUGAAGGGGAGACCUGGUCCACAGGGCAUCAUCUCCAUAAUGGCUCGACCACAUCGUACAUACCGAAUGGGUCGCACUGCACAGAUCUGUACACAUCGUGGUCGAUCAAUGACAGCUUGCGCGCCACGCAGCUUGAGUUUCUAAGAUCUGCUUUGGGGUUUAGUUGA